AGUGGCGGCGGAACGGGCACGUGAGGAGCGGCGGAACCAUGGCCCGGGGACCGGGACCGGGACGGGGACAGAAACCGGGCCGGGGACCGCGACAGAAACUGGGAUCGGGACCGAAACAGGGACAGAGACCGGGACCGGGACCGAAACAGGGCCGGAGACCAGGACCUGGAGCAGGAAAGGGACAGAAAGCGGGACCGGGACCAGGACAGGGACGGAAUGCGGGACCGGGACAGAAAGCGGGACCGAGAUCGGAGCAUGGACCGGCCGUGCCGCUGCGCAGCAGGAAGGAGAAGAAGGACAACAUGAAGCCCAAGCACCCCGACGAGCAGGAGAUCCCGUUCCGCCUGCGGGAGCUGAUGCGCAGCCGCGAGGCCCUGAAGCGCCCGGAGCCCGGGAAGAAGCAGGUGGCAGAGAAGAAGCAGCAGCAGCAGCAGUGCCAGGGCCCCAAGGCCCCGGGGGACAUCCCCGUGCCCAGGUUCAGGAGGGGCAGGGGGGAGUCGGAGCGCUCCUACAUCUGCCGCAUGCAGCACGAGGUGCAGCACAUGCUCUUCCUCGCCGAGAACCAGAUCCAGAGGGAGCCUGAGAAGGAGGGCACGGCUCCAGAGAAGUCCAGAAGGAAAAAAGAGUUUCAGAAAAGGAAACUAGAAAAAGCUCGGAAGAAAAGGGAGGAGAAGAAGGAGGCCAUGCUGGAGAAGAGCCUGAUGCGAGACACGGUGCCCUUCGGAGAGGUGGUGACACAGCCCCCCACCAUCACCUCCCGGCCCAGGGGACGGGGUCCUGCCGAGCAGGCUGGACGGAAGCAGCUGCUCCUGACGCCCCGCCUGGGUCACAGCCAGGCGUCCCCGGUGUCCCCGGUGGUGUCGAUGGCUCGCCGGCGCAUCCUGGAGGAGGAGCGGGCCCGCGUCAUCCGCGCCUACCGCGACAUCCAGAGGCGCAAACAGCUGGAGAGGGAGCGGGAGCGCACCCGGGCCGGGCCGGGCUGAGCCCCUGGCACUGCUGGGGGACAUUGUCCGGGUGUCCUGUGUCACUGCUGAGCCCCACAGCCCCACACUGCGCUGCUCUGGGUCCCUGCUGGGCCAGGGACUUGCUUGGAGUAAAAGGAGCCCCUGGUG